AGAGAGAGAGAGAGGGGGAGGAGAAGCACACACACACAACACACAGACAGAGAGAGAUAAUGAGCUAGAGUGCACGCACUCAGGCACACACACAGACAGACACACACAGAACGAGAGAAGAAACGGGAGCAGCACACACAACACAGCACACACAGGCAGCGAGAGAGAAUGAGCUAGAGACACAGACACACACACCGACACAGAGACAGACACACAGACAGACACACACGGCGAGAGAGAGCGAGAGAAUAGAGAGGAGCAGCACACACACACAGACACAGAGACGCACACCGACACACGCACACACGGCGAGGGAGAGAGAGAGAGAUAAUGAGCUAGAGUGGACACACACACACACAGCCGCACACCGACACACACAGAGACACACACGGCGAGAGAGAGAGGAGAGAGAGAGAAGGGGAAAGAUACAAAACAAAGUUUGACGUCUCUUAAUGGGCGAGCCGAGUCGGUGCGCGGCGCACAACGUGGCGGGCUGCUGCUGCUGCUGCACCACCACCAUCACCACCACCAUCAUCACCACCACCACCAUCACCACCAUCAUCACCAUCACAGCUCGGGCGAUAGAGCGACCACCACCACCAUCACCGUCGUCGUCGGUCCCGUGUCCCUCAAGAUGGCGGAGAGAGAAGGAUCGAUGCUCCAAUAUUGGAAGAAAUUUGAUCUACAGCGGCUGCAGAGAGAACUUAGCGCCACGGCAACGGAGCUGGCCAAUCGGCAAGAGGCGAGCGAGCAGUCCCGAAAGCGGCUCAUAGAACAGAGCCGGGAAUUCAAGCGGAGCGCACCAGAGGACCUGAAGAGGCUGGUGGCCCCGCUGCUGAAAAGUUUCCAGGCCGAGAUCGAUUCCCUGCUGUGGAGAAGUAAGGAGGCGGAAGCGGCUUUCCUCGGCCUCUACAAGAGGGUGGCAGACGCUCCAGCAGACCCCGCGGUGCAGCUGGAGCGCCUGGAGGAGACGCUGGAGCGGCUGCAAGACGUGGAGGCCGAGAGCCAAGUCCUGCGCGACGCCCUGGAGAGGGAGGCCGACCACCAGCGGCAGGAUGAGCACAGCGAACGAAAACUGCGAGACUCUCAGGUUGAGCUUUCGGCCAAGGUGGCAGACGCGGAACGCCGGGUUCAGGACCUCCACGCAGCCGUGGAGAGGACACGGGACGAGGUGGCGGCACUGAAGAGCAAGCGCUUGGAUCGUGUCGCCGUCAAUGGGAACAGCGCCGAGCAGCCCGACUGCGCGGAGACAGACGACUCGCGGCAGCAGGAGGACGCCGAGCGGAUGGAGGAGGGCAGGGGGACGGAAGAACUGGAGGAGGAGGAAGAGGAGGAGGAAGAGGAGGAGGGAGCAAUGCCCGAAGAGCCUUCCCGCCCGGGAGGGCAGCCGGCUGUGCCUGCCCCCUCGACCUCGCGGAACCUGGAGAUGGAGGUGCUGAAGAAGGAAGGCGAGAUCUCGUGGCUCAUGGGCGAGAUCCGGCGCCUUCAGGCGGCGCUCGUCAAGCUGCGCGAGACCUCGACCGCUCAGAUCCUGCAGAUGGAGGCGCAGCUGCAGGAGAGGAACCGUCGCAUCCAGAAACUGGAGGAAAAGCUCCAAGGCCGGACAAACUGUGAAAUAAAGUCUGAAGUCAAUGCGAUGGAGACCGAUGGGCUGGCGACGUCGGGGAUCACGGUAUCGCGGGUCGUGAGCCGACCCCUUGACGACCUCUUCCGGAUACAGAAGGUGCGCGCCCCGGUGAUGGCGAGCGAGCCUUCGCACAUCCUCGACGGCGACACCCGAGGUUCGUUCGGCCGGGAAGAGAACGGCUCCGUCGGGAGCCGCUGCCCCUCGGAACUGUCGAGCUGCGUGACGCCGCAGCCCGGCCACGCGAGCGGCGAGGCCGAGACGCCGCUCUACCCGCAGCCCGUGGCCGCGCUGGGCCUCGCCGCCGGCCUGGGCCUCGGCCUGGGCCUGAGCCCCGACCUCGUGCCAUCCCUCUUCCCCGGCUCGGCGCAGCAGCUACCGAUUUCCGCCGGCGGCGGCGGCAUCGGCGGCGGCAUCGGCGGCGGCGGUUCGUCGGCUGCCAGUUCAGCAGUCGCGGCGGCGGCGGUUCGAUCGCUCGGGACGUUCUUCCCCGUGCAGCUCCUGCAUUCCAUGUACGCCGCCAAGGCCGCGCAGGAGGCCAGCUCGGGAGCACCGGGCGGCGGCGGCGGCACGAGCGGCACGAGCGGCGGCGGCGGCAUCGGCUCAUCGUCCGCAGCCACGGUGGCCACGUCCAGCCUGCUCUACCACCAGCCGGGCCUGUACGGGCCGCCGAGCGCGUCCCCGCCGGCCGUGCUCUCCCCGGGCGUCGCCAGGCCCGGCUCGGCACGGAGCGGCUCGUCGCCGCCGCCGCCCCCGCUACCGCCGCCCGCGGUGAUGUCACCGGGGCUCCUGCGCAACGGCGUCGCGGCGGGGCAGGCCGAGUGCGCGUCGGGCGCCAGCAGCAGCAGCGGCGGCGGCGGCGGCAGCGCGGGGCUCGCGGGAGAACUGGACGAGCAGGACGUGGACACGACGGAGCUGGCGCGCCAGGUGAAGGAGCAGCUGCUGAAGCACAACAUCGGGCAGCGCGUCUUCGGACACUACGUGCUGGGCCUCUCGCAGGGCUCCGUGAGCGAGAUCCUGGCUCGACCCAAGCCCUGGUCGAAGCUCACGGUCAAGGGCAAGGAGCCCUUCCUCAAGAUGAAGCAGUUCCUCUCGGACGAGCAGAACGUGCUGGCGCUGCGCGCCAUCCAGGUCAAGCAGAGAGGCAGCAUCACCCCGAGGAUCAAGACGCCCGAGAGCGGCUCCGACGAGGCCAUCAAGAGCAUCCUGGAGCAGGCGAAGAAGGAGAUCCAGGCCCAGAAAGGUUGGAGAGACGAGCGCGGUGACAAAGACAAACGCCCGCCGCGUAGCCGUUCCGGACUGUCGGUGGAGCAGAACCCGACUCCGUCUCCGGUGCCGGAGCAGGGCGGCUCGGACGAGACGAUCCGCGCGCUGCUCGAGCAGGCUCGCCGCGAGAUGGAGGCCCAGCAGGCCGCCAUGAUGAGGGCGGAGGUCGUCGCCGGGGGCGACCCCGCCUCCUCCUCAUCCUCCUCCGCCGCCGCUGCGGCCGCCACCGCAUCGUCGACGCUCGCGAUGUCGUCGUCCUCCUCGUCCUCGUCCUCCUCUGCCUCGUCUGUGUCGGCCUCGUCGCUGGCCGACCCCUUCCUGCACUCGCCGCCACAGCACCAGCAGCAACAGGCGCAGCUGCUGGCCUACGGGCAGCAGGUGAUAGCUCGCGGCGGCGGUGGUGGCGGUGGUGGGGACAGCGACCCGCUGCUUGUACGCGUGAAGCGGGAAGGGCGGCAGACGCCGUCGCUGCAGCUGCAGCAGCAGCAGCAGAGCAUCGUGCCCACGUCUCAGUCGCACGCCGAGUUCGUGCAGAGCAUCAUCCAGAGGGUGAAGACGGAGCUGGAGGACGGCCGCUCGCAGGGUGGCGGCGGCGGCGGUGGAGGCGGCGUCAUUCCCGGCAUCACCGGUGGCGGCAAAUACCGGACGUCCUCGUCCUCCUCGUCCUCGUCCUCAUACUUCAACUCGUCGGCGUCGCCGCUGUCUGUCUACCGGAGGGACGCGUACCGCUUCUACCCGUCGGCUGGGCCCGAGCCUCUGGUGCCGCCCCCGCCGCCGCACCACCACCACCACCAUCACCACCACCACCACCCGCACCAUCCGCACCACCACCAUCACCACCCGCACCAGCAGCAGCCCCAGCAGCAGCAACAGAGCCCGCAGCAGCAGCAGAGGCACCGGCUCAAGGGGCCGGCGGCGGGCGAAGGGACGCAGGACUCUCCGCAGCAGCAGCAGCAGCAGGUGGUGCACGCAGUGGCGGCUGCGGCUGCGGCGGCGAUGGCGCCGGCAGUCGUCUUGAGCCACAGCCUCGGGGCCGACGCGUCAGGCGGCUCAGAGCCGCCCUCCCCGUCUCCGUCAGCGCCGCCGGCCGGCGCGAACGCGCCAUCCCAGUCGCCGCUUGUGGUACCGGGCAAGCCGCCGCGGCCGUGCAUCCCCCCGCUGACGCCCGAGCAGUACGAGGCGUACAUGUACCGCGAGGUGGACACGGCGGAGCUCACGCGCCUCGUCAAGGAGAAGCUCACCAAGAACGGCAUCUGCCAGCGCAUCUUCGGCGAGAAGGUGCUGGGCCUCUCUCAGGGCAGCGUGAGCGACAUGCUGUCUCGCCCGAAGCCCUGGGGGAAGCUGACGCAGAAGGGACGGGAGCCGUUCAUCCGGAUGCAGCUGUGGCUUCACAACGAGCUGGGCUCAAGCACAAACUCACAAGCCUCCCCGGCCAGCCAAGGAGACCCCAGCGGUGACAUGGACGGGUGCAGCCCUUCCCCAUCGCCGGUGCCCAGCCCCGGCGAGUCGGUACGCAGCCUCCCAGACCCCGUCGUCCCGGCAACGGAGCCUGUCUCCGCGGCGACGGACAGCGCCACGCUCCCGGGCCGUGACGGUGGCGGUGGCGGCGGGCACGAGGAGCACCACGUCGGGCAGCCCCGGGGGCCUUCCUUCGGCCAAUCGGCUCUCAGCAUCCAGGAGCUGGUGGCGAUCUCGCCAGAGCUGGACACGUACGCCAUCACCAAGAAGGUCAAGGAGGUGCUGACGGACAACAACCUCGGGCAGCGUCUGUUUGGCGAGAGCGUUCUGGGCCUGACGCAGGGCUCCGUGUCGGACCUGCUCGCCAGGCCCAAGCCCUGGCAUAAGCUGAGCCUGAAGGGCCGCGAGCCGUUUGUGCGCAUGCAGCUGUGGCUCAACGACCCGCACAGCGUGGAGCGGCUGCGGGACAUGAAGCGCCUGGAGAAGAAAGGCAAGCGCAGCGCGGCCGACGAGACGUCGACCCGAGCCGCGGGCUGGGGUUUUCUCUGCGGAACCUCCCUCAAGCGGCGAAGCGUGGGCGCGAUGGACGUCGACGGCGCCCUGGUGCCGCCCCUGAGCCCCGCGCCGUCUGCCGGGAGCCCCGCGCCGUCGCUCGUUGGCUCGAUCGGCGGCGGCGGCGGCAGCAGCAGUGGCGGUGGCUGUGGCGGUGGCGGCGGCGGCGGUGUCGUGGCCAAGAAGCCGCGUGUGGUGCUGGCACCCGAGGAGAAGGAGGCGUUGAAGCGGGCCUACGAGCAGGAGCCGUACCCGUCGCAGCAGACCAUCGAGGUCCUGGCGGCCCAGCUGCGUCUCCGCACCAGCACCGUCAUCAACUGGUUCCACAACUACAGGUCCCGCAUUCGCCGCGAGCUCUUCAUCGAGGAGAUCCAGCAGGCGAGCCCAGGCCACGAGCCCUCGUCAGCGUCGGGCAGCACGCGGGACGGCCCCGGCGAGGGAGAGGCCCCCAAUUCCAGCAGGCCACAGAGCAGCCAGGGCCCUGAGUCGGAGAACGAGAGCGAGUCAUCGGGCGGCCGAUGCCAGAGCGUGCUGUCGUUCAGCAUAUACGCGUCCACCACGCGGGGGCCCAUCAUUAAGCAGGAAGUGUCCGAGGAAGACGGCGUGGCGCAGCAACAGCAGCAGCAGCAGCAGCAACAGCAGCCACCUCAGCAGCCACCGUCAUUGUGUUUUUCAGUCGACAGAAUCACUGGGGCGAGUCCCGUACUCCCACAGCUGUUUCAGCCGCAGCAGCAGCAUCAACUUCAGGUGGGCGACGAAGCGAAAGGCCAGUCGGUAGAAAGGUCGAGCACUUUCUUCAGUGAGCUGCUGAUGGCACGGGCGAACAAUGCGGCUCUGCUCAUGCACAGCCCCGAGAUCGCCUCCGCCAAGGCUGCCGUUCCGUUUGGCAAUCCGGUCUCGUCGUCGUCUUCGUCGCCUUCGUCAGCGUCCUCGCCAAAGCCGGAGGUAGGCGAGCUGGCCGCGAAGGAGGCUGCCGGCGGGAGCCGCUCCUUAUCGCCGCCGCUGCCGCCGCUGCCACCGCUACCACCACAAUCUUCGACACCUGGCGCAACGGGAGAUCGAGCGGGAACACCCGGGGCGGCUCCCAAGGCCGGGCCUUCGGGCUCCGGCUCUUCGCAGGGCCUCGCCCUGUCGCCGCCCUUGUCUGUGGCCGUCCAGGGAUCCAGCCCGACCGCGCAGACGCCCGAGAUCGUCAUCGGCAAACCGAGGAAGGAAGGCCGGCGGCUACGGCGAGACGAAGUGAAAGCGGCCAAUCUGAACAGCAUCAUCAACCGACUGGAAAAAGCAGCGAGCAAGGAAGACUCCCCCGAUUGGGAAUUUUAACUUUUGUUAUUUUAAAAUGACAAUACUGCGAGGCCCCGGUGUCAGGCUGCGUUUAGAAAAAAAAAACAAUAAA